AUGCAUAUAAAUCCUAAGCCAAGUAAAGCUAAAGUUCCUCAUUUGAUAUCAAAAUAUUUGACUAAUAAAAAAGCAUCUCUAGAUGAGUCAACUCUGAUAACAUCUGGGGAAAAGUAGCUCAAGUCAGAUGGCAUUAAAUUGCAGCCACUAACUAUGAAGAUCAAAUUUAAGAUUGAGAGUCCAGAAUGGAAAAAGUACAGUAGAAUUAUGGAUAGCCAGUAAUCUCAGUAACAGACGCUUGGCAGACUUACACCAAGCAGUAAGCUUUUAGGUGAAGCUGACUUUUAGUACAACUAUAAACAAUCCUAAGGUAAAGUUAUAGGAGACAACUCAACAGUAUAUGAUGACCCUAAUAAUUAAGAAGAGGAAUAUAUGCCUUUUGAUUAAUUUUCAUAGAUAGUACACGAGACAGAAUAGCUUAUAUAAAAAAAUACUGAUCAAUUCAACCCAUAUUCCCUUCUGGAUUUAAGUUAGGAAUCCAUUAGCUCGAAAGAAAACAUACUAUAGGUUUAAAGCCCAAUCUAUGAGGAAGUUUAGCCAAUCAGAAAUAAUUAAUCAUUUAACUAAAAAGCAAACGAGGUAUACUAAGACUAUCUCAAAAACAUAAAGACAGAUUAGGUUGAUCUAACAAGACAAAGAAAUUUCAACUCAUUUUCAAACAAUAAUUCUCAGUAUCGAAAAUUGUCUCAGGUCACUUAAGAAUCAGUUAAUUUGUCUCCAAUGAAUUAAGGACAUUCGUAAGCUCAUGCUUUAUAAAAAGUCAACUCAUUUCAUAACAUUAACAUUACAUUUGAAAACUAAGUCAGUCUAACUAAACCUGCUUAGUCUUUACUUAUUCCUAUAAAAGAAAAGAAUUCUCCUAUAGUAAACUUAGCUGCAACUAAACCUCAGGUAAACAUGAAAAAAAAUCUUAGGCUGAUUCAAUAAGAAAAAUCUAGAUUAGAAGUUGUUUAGAAAAUGCAGAAAAUGUAUGAUAAAAUAAAGAAAAAUGUAGAUUCUCAUCGUUCAACAAAUCAGGGCAUUGAGCUUAGAAAUGAUUCCUAUGAGUAAUUAAAUCUAAAAUUCAAUUUUUCUCAGAGUCCUAAAUCAAUAUAACUCUACAAUUCAGCCUUAAAGCCCUUUAAUUAAGAUUAAUAAACUUAGAUUAACUAUUAUCAAGAUAAACCUUAAGAUGAUGAUUAGCAUUCUCAGUAUCAAUUUCAAAAUUAAAAGAUAGCCAAAGUUAUUCGAAACUAGAACUAUCAGAGAUUCAAAUCUCAGUAUGAUCAUUACAUAGAUUAGCAACCACUGGUUUUACCAAAGAUAGAUCAAAAUUCAAGAAUUUAAAGUACUAAUGAUGCUAUUUAACAUAGCAAGAUAAGAGGCAAGAAAUCUAAAUAAGAUAAUUUAUUAAGAGCUAGUAUUGUGACUGAUUAAGACAGUUUUAGAAUUCAUAAUUUUAUGAGUAUGAAUAAUGACAAUCUGAAUGUGCAGUAGUCUAAAAAGCAAGUAAAACCAAUCGAAUUACCAAUAGAUACAUAUAAUGGAAGUAAAACCUAGGUAAAUCCAACUUAUAUCAAUUCUCCUUAUCAGCCAAACUCAUUGAGUCCAAUCAGAAGUUUAAAAAAGCUAUAAGCUUAUUAAGGUGGCAACCCUGCUACUUAAGCAAAGAAAUAAAAUAACUAAAAAGUAUUGCAAGUUGAUUACGAUUAAACGCUCUCCAUACUCAUCAACAAUCCAACUGCAGCUUUUCCAAAUAAACUACCAACUAAAUUUAUUACUAAACCACUAAAGCUCCACCCUUAGCAUGGACAUCAAAUAUCUAUAAAUAAAAAUAAAAGCAAGUAAUCCUCUUAAAAGUUACCUAGGAAGGACACUUCUCAAAAACUAAUAUAAUUAAAUGGCUAGAGAGAGGAAGUCUCCCCGAAGAGUACUAGUAAUCAUGAGAAACAUCUUAUCACAAUCAUAAGCAGUGAAGCUUUAACUAAAUUUCAUUAGGAAAGGUAGGUUGAAGUCGUGAAAAUACCUAUAGCGACCAGAGUUCCUUAAGAAGGUACUUCUAUCUUGGAUAACAUAAACAGAAAAAGUGGCUUGAGCAGUCAAAUUCAAUGA